ACACUGCGUAACGAAUCCGAACCCAAAAUUCAUUUUUUUGUGACCAACUUGAGACUACGAAAUUAUGAAUUUUAUUAAAUUGUAGGGUAGAAGAAUGAAGUGGAAUAGUAGAAUUUUCUUUUUGAAUAAUGGCAAUUACAAUCAUGUCUUGCGCGGCGAGUCUGCGCAUGAAAUAAAAAAAUAUUGAAAAAGAAAUGGCAGUAACUAGCGAAAAAGAAAAUUGUGCACGAAUUAAUGGAAAUAUACCCGCGCUAUCGCUUAACAGUGACAACAUGUCGACGUCGACGGACAGUGAUGAGACUGCGGAUCCGGAGUACGAGAUCAGGAAUAUACAGAACAUUAUAAACGUGACUCGCCACAACAUCGAUGCGCUGAAUGCUAAAUUCGCUGGUUUCCAGCACCCACCUUCGUUAUAUCUAAUUGAGUAUCAGGAGCUAACGUCAAAGCUACAUACGCUGGAGCAGCGGGAGAGGCAUUUACGAGAAUUAUUACAAACCGAUUCUCCAGAUCAUAGCGAAGAGUACUCGUUUUUUGAUGACUCAAAAAAGUUUGACACUCUAACUCGUCAGCGGAAAGUUUUUCUGCGAGCCCAUCUUCCGAACCAGCAGCGAACCAGUGUACAGGUCAAAGAGGGAGUGACACUGCGUGUGGCUCUCUCCAAAGCGCUCAAAUUGCGGAACCUGACCUGCGAGAUGUGUGAGGUUGUGAGGACGGGCUACAACCAAGUUAUACCGUGGGACAUUGAUAUAACCACUAUUGAUGCAGAAGAGGUAACAGUUCGGACUCUUGACGGGCUACCUAUAAUGACUCACAUCUCACAUCAAUUCGCCCGUAAGACAUUCUUCACAUUAGCUUUCUGUGAGUGCUGCAGGCGACUACUCUUCAAUGGAUUUUACUGCUCGCAGUGUAACUUCAAGUUUCACCAGAGAUGCGCUGAUAAAGUUCCUAGUAUGUGCCAUCAGGUACGUAUGACAGAUACAUAUUAUGCAGCACUGUUGGCACAGAACCCAGAAACUCAAGCUGGCAUUCUACACUAUCCUCCCCACUUCGGGUACCAUCCUGGGAUGAGAGGAGACCAAAGCAAACAACCACACCCACGUUCAUUGAACCAGCAAGACCGAUCAAAUUCUGCUCCAAAUGUUUGCAUCAACAUGGUGCAGAAGCCUUUGACGCUAGCUGAACAUCAAAAAUGCUACAGUCAGCACGGCAGCGACAACUCCACGCAGUCGUCGAACUAUCUGAGCUCGAGCGGGCCCAGCAAGGACGAGGCGGACGACAGCGACCAUCCGCACAGCCACAGCACGCAGACGUCUCCGACGGGCACGCUGCGGCCGCGGCGGGCGCGCGCGCGCUCUGCGGACGAGUCGUGGAAGAACGCGCUGUCGCCGCGGGAGAGCUACGAUGACUGGGUCAUCCCGGCCGACGAGAUACUCAUCGGCGCCAGGAUAGGCUCCGGGAGCUUCGGGACGGUGUACAAGGCGCACUGGCACGGCCCGGUCGCUGUGAAGACGUUGAAUGUCAAAACACCCACUCCGGCACAACUGCAAGCUUUCAAAAAUGAGGUGGCAGUGCUUCGUAAGACGCGGCACUGCAACAUCCUGCUGUUCAUGGGCUGCGUGUCGAAGCCGUCGCUGGCCAUCGUGACGCAGUGGUGCGAGGGCUCGUCGCUCUACCAGCACCUGCACGUGCUCGAGACGCCCUUCCCCAUCAUAUACCUCAUCGACGUGGCCAGGCAGACGGCCCAGGGCAUGGACUAUCUGCACGCCAAGAACAUCAUACACAGAGAUUUGAAAUCAAAUAACAUAUUUUUGAGAGAUGACUGGUCGGUAAAGAUUGGAGACUUUGGACUUGCUACUGCUAAAGUUCGGUGGUCAGAGUCGUCGUCGUCAGGCGGCGUGCAGUGGCAGCAGCCCACGGGCAGCAUCCUGUGGAUGGCGCCCGAGGUGAUCCGCAUGGAGGAGCCGGCGCCCUACACGUUCCACUCGGACGUGUACUCGUACGGCGUGGUGCUGUACGAGCUCAUGGCGGGCGAGCUGCCCUACUCGCACCUCAACAACAAGGACCAGAUCCUGUGGCUGGUGGGGCGCGGCCGCCUGCGCCCCGACGUGCGGCGCCUGCGCCCCGACGCGCCCGCGCAGCUCAAGCGCACCUUCUCCGAGUGCGUCGCCUUCGACCGCGCCGCGCGACCGCUCUUCCGCCAGGUGCUGGCGGCGCUGGAGGCGGUGCUGCGGCUGGUGCCCAAGAUCACGCGCUCGGCGUCGGAGCCCGCGCUGUCGCACCCGCACCCGCGCGCCGCGCUCGACUACCUCGCCUACUCCUGCGCCUCGCCCAAGACGCCGGUCAACUUCCACUUCAACGCCGACACCAGCUUCCCCGCCUUCUACGGAAUCCCAGUACCCAAUCAGAGGCACCCCUAGGAGCACGGCGCGCCCGCCGGCCCCCUCGAGCCCGGGGCUCCGCCCCCCUGCGGCCUGCAGGCCCCUCGCGGAGCGCCCGCGCCCCAUGUGGAUGAUCCAGUGAUAAAUACACGCACAGAUGAUAAAUUACUUGAUUUAAUUAAAAUAUGACAUAAUUUGUUAGUACAACGUGUACAACAUGAUUACGCCGUAAUGCGUAUUAAUGAUUAAGCCUGCAUAUUACUAAACUAAAAUAAAGUGAAAAAUAUCUGGCAAUUACAAGUUGAGAAAGCAAAAUAUUUUAAAAUUCUCAGAGAACUCAGAGGGUCAACCUUUAGUGAGAUUGGUAAAUAAUUUUAAGCGAGACAAGUGGUUACUUUAGUCUAGAAAAAUAAAAAUUUACCUUUGGUCUGUGCGACAAGGCUCCGUGCCAAGAUGAACUUCAUAUUCUGUGCAAUGAAAUAUGUGAUGAAUCUAUUAUACCAGUAUUUAUUUACUUGAGAUAUAAUUUGGAAUUCCAACGAGCUAACGAAGCAAUAGGGUGGAGCAACUUAAAUGUAUCUACCGCAGUACAAUCUCAGGAUUACAUACGUCAAUGACAUGGUCACCGAACAUACUUUGAAUUAAAAAAAUAUAUUUUGCAACUAUAAUAGUUUCAUAAGCCCAGUGAUCUAAGUGAACUUAAUGAAGAUAGUUCAAUAGAAACGUCCGGGACAGAAUCCAUCCACAUCACUUGGGACAUUCACAUUCAAAUGUUGUCAGAAAGUGUAGGACUUUGGAAUGUGUUGUGUUGUGAUAAAGUGAAAUGAUAGUGCGGAAAAUGCAGAGUACGUGUCUACAUAAGCAUAUGGGUUAACUUGAAUGAAUUCUUACAGUUUGUAGACUGAAACAUGGUGAGGACUUGUUUCAAGAUUAUAAUAUGAUUAUAUUCCGAGGAGUGCUGAAGAUCCAUGUAAGGUGUCAUGACGCGCGGCUAGUCUCAUCCGUGUGCUAACCGAAUACAGACGAAGAGACACAAAUAUGACCUUAAAUAAAUAAAUAGGCAGGAACAAAUGUUACAAUGUACAUGGAAGCUUUACUCCUGGCGAAGCUAAUUGUCCAGUCAUCAAGCUUGGUCUGGGUUGCUCCAACGAAAACUAAAAAAUAGCUAGAAAUAUACUUAGACUGACGCCUCAUUUGGUGUAAUCGCGUCCAAACGAAAGAGAUUUUUGUGAAUCCCGUGGAAAACACUGGUUAACUGUUAGAAAUUAUCCAAAGAAACGACUUUAUAUGGCACACACAGUUCUCAACCUCCCUGGGCUGGCGGACUCUUGCUAUGACGGUUCGCAAAUCACUCAAACAUAAUCAAAAUUCAAAGGUCACAGAACUAAAUAUCGACGUAACCUUGCUUCGUGAACUCACAAAUCCAUCAAUUUCUCUAUGAAAACGCCAUUAAUGAAGAAAUCACCAAGACCUACAAAAAAAUACAAGGACAGGCUCGAUGGCCAUCCAUAUUCGAAGAGAUUCGGGACGCAGAGGAUAUCGAACGUGAAUAAAUGGUUACGCUACAACAGAUCUACUCACAGUUUUUUUUUAUUGCUUAGAUGGGUGGACGAUAUCACAGCCAACCAGGUGUUAAAUGGUUACUGGAGUCCAUCUACAACGUAAAUGCCGCCACAGACCUUGAGAUAUAAGUUCUAAGGUCUCAGUAUAGUCACAACGGCUGCCCCACCCUUCAAACCGAAACGCAUUACUGCUUCAUGGCAGAAAUAGGUAGGGCGGUGGUACCUACCCGUGCGGACUCACAAAAGUCCUACCACCAGUAAAGAAUUGCUAACACUAGCCCUAGCUAGAGCAGCAGAAUCUACCAGCGGAACUGAAUCGCGACCCACUGAGAAGAUCCGGCGAGAAACUCAGCGGGCUGUUGAAACGAGUCUCCAUCUAAGACAUCAUGUUAUAAAGAAUCCUAAGCCAAAAGCAAAUGAUGAUAUGUUAACACGUUGAACGCUUUACGACCCACCGGUGGGCGUAGCGUACAGUAUCAUUCGGGCCAAACCAAAAUCAGGGAAUCAGUAUUUUUUAUCAACAUUCAAAAAAUAAAAAAUAAAUUAUAAGGCUAUUAACUUUGAUAAAAACUGCAAGUUUCUAUUGGAUUUGAAAACCACGCCGUUCGGUUUGACUAAAGGACUAUUCGGCUCACUUCCAUACGCGUUUUGUUUGCUAGCUGCAAUUUGUGGCUUGUAGGAAGCGUUUACGUUGGAACCCUCACGCGGCUCACGGGUCCAAACGGUUCAGUAAGACAAAGCUCACCGGUGAGCACCGGAAUGAAAAUACUCGAUCUUUCAUAUCGCGUUCAACGUGUUAAAGAAAGCGCUUUCUCGCUUUGUUUAUUGAAGCUAUUUACAGAGACACUUCUUACACUUCACACUUACUGAAAAAAUAAAUAAAAGGCAUAAUAUUCCUAAUUGAUUUCUGUUUAUUGAGCAUUUUAUAGUUAUCAAUUGUAUAACGCUCAACUGUUACUCAAAAACACUCCUAAACGAACCGAAUGUUUUAAGUAAUUAUGUAUCGUGUAAAUUAAUUUUCAGCCAAAACUUGUUUUUAACUGUCUUUACAAUCUAUUGGUUUGUAUGGUAGUAAAGAAAUACUGCAUUUGAUUGCUUCCCCAGACUUCACAAUGGGUUUUAAAGAGAAUCGUAAUAAACAGAAAAAUGUCCAAUCGUUAGCAUAAUAGGGAUGUUUGCGAAUUAACGGAAUUUACAAAUAUUCGCCACGAUAAAUACUUUGUUGUUGAAUCAAAAUAUUAUCGCCCUAAUGUAAUUGAAGAAGUUCAGAGGGGCGAGCACGAAUGACUAUCGAUAAAAAAUGUUAUAGGAUUUAAACAGCGCCCCUACUGUCCGUAAAAUGAAUUAAUUUCAGUAGGUACCACGAAUGAAUUUACUUACAUCCUUCCGUUUCGUAAUCGUAUCGUCGCGUUCUAGAAACUCGAAACUUAUACUCUUAACACGUUGACUGGAGAUCACCGGUGCCCUACGCGGCGCACUGAAGUGUAAUUAUGUCGAUUUCUCACUUCGACAAUCUUAUUACUAAGGUGCUUGAAUACCUAGUAGACUCUGGGAAAGACGAAUCCGAAAACACUGAGACUGAAUCUAUUUCUAUGAGACCUAUAAACAUGAAAUAUACAUUAACAAACAAAAGGAGGCAAAGUUAAGAAGUCCACUGUGCUUAGUGCGAGUUUUUUAAAGUUCUCUCAUAUAUGUAUGAAAUGGGAUCGUAUGCCUACGUUUCCCGCUAGGGGCGCUGUUCCAAUUGCAUAUAAAAUUGCGUUAACUUUCAAGCUAUCGAGAACUUUAAAAACUCGCACUAAGCACACAGGCGUCUUAGUAAAAGAAAACGAGAUAAUUACUUCAGUGCACCGCGCAGGGCACCGGUGACCUCCAUAGCAGUCAGAGUUAAUCGAGAGCACGAAAAUUGUUUUGACACACGGAACGUCAAUCUCGAAGGCUGGCUAUCGAGUGCCACCAUCUAAUUUAAUGAUCCGUGCAUCGACGACUCGAUACAUUUAUAUUACGAAUUCGAUAGAUUUUUGGGCUCGACGUACUGUAUUGUAGUAGAUUACAGUAUGCUUUGUGCGAGUUUUUUAACGUUCUCGAUAGCGUAGAAGUUAACUCAAAUAUGUAUGGGAUUGGAACAGCGGAAAACGAAGAGAAGCUGUUCCAACUCAAAUUUGAGUUAACUUUUAUGCGAUCGAGAAGGUUAAAAAACUCGCACUAAAAGCACACUGGUCCGAAUAUGUAUUUACAAAGGAAAUAAAUAAAAAACUAUAUAUUUGUGAACGUAUAUUUUCCACUACAAUGCUCUUAAUGUUGUUGACAAAUCGAUUAUUGCGACAUCGCCAGAGUGUUGUUACCGCGCGCGACAGCGACUAGGGUGACCAAGCGCGCUCUAGGCCGCGGAUAGUCUGUAAAACAUUCAAAUGAUAUAACGCUGCUACUUUAUUAUUAAAUUUAAGAUAAAUAUUUUAAAUGUACACAGCUUGUCACUUUAUGGUUUUUUUCAUUAUUUAACGUUCAACAAUACAAUAGCCAGAACGCAUAGGAUUUUUGUAAAACAGUUUAGGAUGUAAACAAAUAAUAAAAAUUUUUUUUUCAUCACUUUCUCUAGACUAAUUUCCUAUAAAAACAGUAAUCUUGCACUGAAACAAAAUAUAUUUUUUCUGAAUAAAUCAAAAGUAGGAUAUUUUUAUAUUGCCUCGUAUUUAUAAUAGUAAAGUAUGGUACCACUUGCUUCCUUACUGUAUGUAUUAUUGAAGUAUUAUUUGACGAUUGUGAGACGGUCGCUACGAGAGGUAGUAUUGGACAUUGGUUGCUAUCAUAUUAUUAUGAUCUUACGCUAGCUACUGUUUUGUGAAAUUUAAUUUAUUCCUUAAUAAUGUAAAUAAUUAAAUGUAAUUAGUGUAGCUUACUUAAUGUAUAAGGAUCUUGUGUAUACAGUCUAAUUUUAAUGUAUAACUACAUACUUUUAAGAACCCAAUAAAUUAUUGUUUCAAA